CGAGAACUCCACACAUCCUGGACCAGAUCCAGCCAGUUUUGAAGAAACCAUAAGAUCACAUCACACAUACAAGAUGAGGUGACUUUAUUCCCAUACUCUAGCAAUAGGAUCCCUUAUUUCACUUGGCAUGAUCAUUGUUUGUUUUUCAAGUAGUCAUUUCGACAAAUACUUCCAGCGAUCCGAUUACGAUCCGCAGUGGGACAACAAGAAAACCACGUGGUCUUUGUAUAAAUAAGGUUCUCUGUAUUUAUUCACAGUGAAUCAUUGUCAGUCAUGAGGCCUAACGGACUAAGCCAUCACAUUUCCGAUGACCAGCAGAUGAAGUAUAAAUUGGUUACACCGUAUGCCCACAACCAUAUUAGAAUGGUACAUUUGAGACGCCGAGGAAAUACUUCACUUGGAUUCUCUAUACGAGGUGGCUUGGAACAUGGAACCGGUAUCUUCGUCUCAGAAGUGCAAGCUGGUUCAGAAGCUCAGCGCAAAGGAUUACGGAUAGGAGAUCAGCUGGUACGCGUCAAUGGCUACACCAUUGAUCAAGCUGUACAUGAGGAGGUCUAUGCCUUGUUGCGAUCACAGAAGACUCUACUUCUUCGAGUUAAAAGUGUGGGAAUGAUCCCAGUAAAAAAAUCAUCUCAUACCCCACUAACCAACAUGGAACCUCUUCACGCUUCAAUCCGACGGUUUUCUCUUCCAUCAAAACUCCAAGGAAUCUGUUCUACUCCUCUUCAAGAGAAAGGCAGAUUCAAUGACCACCUUUCUACAAACCACCUACACCAACUGCUUCACAAGCGUUGCAGUUCUUUACCGGGGAAACAGACCGUGCAAGACCAUUUCAUGGCGACUUCUCUCUUUGAGAUUCUGGAGCUAUCAGAGCAAGAGACUGAUGAAGAUCAGGAGAAUCCCCAAGCUGCGAAACAAGAGAGAUUAAGACGAACGCAGUCUGCUCCAAAUGAUCAGGAGGCUUGGAGACUUUCGAUUGGCAGUGAAGCCUACCUGGACAGUAAUUCAUCAUCCAUUGUUCAAUCAAAAAGAAAUGAUUGUAUUGGAAUAAAUGAAGUUAGCAAACUAGAGAAAGUAAACCAAGAUAACGAGAAUGAACAGCUUCGAGGAUCGAAACUUCAAAACGCCGAACAAGCUGAGCAAAUAGGAAAUAAAACAGAAGCUCCGAGUUCAGUAACAGUAACUUUUGUUGUUAAGUCUGAUAAAGAAAGCAGCAAUAAAGAAGACCCUUUGACUUGGAAGCUAGUCAAUCCCGAACUUUCGCCAAGUGGAUCAAUUCUAGAUGGAUCUCAUUCUCUGAGUAGCGGUAAUUCUAGUUUUGAAGAAGCAAAGGAGACAAAAAUUCAGUUGUCGUCCAUAGGAGCCUCAGGGAUUGGCUGCAGCAUCGCGAAGGGACCUCCAGAGAUGCCAGGUAUCUACAUACAGACUGUAAAACCAGGGGGGUUGGCGGAGAAAGCAGGCCUGCAGGUUGGCGACCAGAUAAUAGAGAUGAACGAAGACAGCUUCUUGAAGAUUAAGUUUUCAGAAGCCGUGGCUUUAUUAAAGUCUAGUAAAACAAUGGAUCUAACUGUUCGCAAGGGGGCAGGCCUAGACUUGUUUCCUGAAGAAAAAACCAAGAAUUACCAACACUAUGGUAACAGUUCCAAACCUGGAGAGGAUGAAAUAUCCAAACUGUCUUCUCUUCAGGAACAAAGCGGAUUGUCCGAUCGGGACUCUGGUGUCAUUGGUCAUAGCUCUUUGAAUGGUAAGGCUUGGAGCAGUCCUUCUAGUUCAUCCAGUUCGAGAAAUAGAAUCAACGGAUUCACCUCAGAGUCAGAGCAGGAUUUCUCUUUAGCAGAAGUUGAAGAAGAUACCCAAGUGCUAGAAGAAGUUGAAGAAGAUGCCAGGAUGUUAGAGGAAGCCCGAAGUUUGGUUGGAUCUCACAGUGACGUUUGUAAACAGUCUUCCAUUGCCAGCUCCAACGGCUUUCUGGAUCUAAAUGAAAGAAUUGAUAUUGACAGAUUAAGAGACUCAAUCAGACAAGAAGAAGAACAGACAAUAAAAAACCAGGAAGCAAUGUUGGCAAAAGAACGGCAAAAAAUCGAAGAAGAGCAUAGAAAACUGCUUUUAGAAGCGGAGAGGAUAGCUGAAGAAAGAAGAAAGCUAGAGGAAGAAAAAAAGCGCUUUGAUACUGUAGGGUCAUUGCCAAAACGACCGUUCUUAGCAGAUAUUAAUAAGUUGGCAGAAAGAAGACGAAGCACAGAUAGUACAGAUACGAGUAACACGAGUUCCCCAGAUUGGAAAAUGAGAUCAAAGCAGUUUCCAGCCGAGAACAAGAAAUCCGAAGAACAGUUUAUUAGGAAGAAGCAACACGAAAAGUUAAUGGAAGAAUUUAGAAUUGUUCACAAAAAGAUGUUCGGAAGUACAGACAGCGGGAUUCUGGCCGAGAAUAAAUCCGAGCAAAAAAAUAGUUCACAGCUCCAAUCUCAAGCAAGCAUUUCUACUCAUGCUAAACGUCAGCAAGGUAGCAACACCUGUACAAAACUACCUCCACCCUUAACUCAAUCUGUUUCACUACCACUGGCAACCCUUUCCGAUGGAAACACAGGUCAUCAGCAACUAGAGCAUGAAUCUGACACCAGAGGUCCUGAGCUAGCCGGACUGAGAGAGCGACGUUAUAGUUCGUAUGUCCCUCCACUAGUCUCUAAUCCAUUUAUGUUUGUUGAUCCAACUUCUUUCAAGUCUACAACCAGCCCUACUGACCACAGUACCAAAGUUACAAUCCAGCUCCGUAAACCAGUUCUGACCUCUACACUCUCUCCUCCUAUUUCAACCCAUACAGAAACAGAACCCGCUAUUACCGACAGCAGAGAUUCUAAGCCGAAAUGCCCGGAUACUUAUUUUGACUAUACUAAACCAAAACCUCUGGUUUCAAUCAACUCCUAUAAGAACCCCAUGUCUAGUAACCGUUUUACACAACAAAAUGGAGAAUGUAAGCAAGAUAAGAAAUCCUAUAAAGAGCACCUGGAUUCCACAUCAACCAGUUCAUCUUCCAGUGUGUCUUCUUCACCUCUACCAAACAAGUCAAAGAUGCAGAUAACUCUGAAAACGCUCAGUUCCACAAGCUCCAGUACUUACGGCUCAACUCCUCCACACUCUCCAGUUAGUUCUACAAAUUCAGUUUCAUCGAAUCAAAGUUCAGGGCCACCGUCAGUCACAGUGAAAGUGACCACUAGACCUGCUGACCCUGGGAACUUGGUGAAUGGUUCUGGAAAACCGACCGUGAACGGUAGCGGUCACCCUACCUUAAGAAAAGUAACUUCGAAUUUCCAAAGUUCAAAGCUUGUUCCCGAAGAUUUAAAGUUUCGGCGAAGACAGCGCCCUCCAACACCUAUAGAGGAAAAGUUAACUUCAAAGGAGUUUAAUGAAGAAGAAACAGGUGGAAGGGAAGUGAAAACGUUGGUGGUUAAAAAGACUGGAGCCCUAAACCUCAGCAUAGAAGGAGGCAUUAACUCAAAGUUCGAUGGCAAGAUAGUAGUUGCAGACAUGUGGGUAGGAGGCGCUGUGUCUCUGAAUGGGGAGCUAGAGAAAGGCGACCAGUUGUUAAUGGUGGACAACACUAAACUUCUUGGAAUGUCUUUGACCUUUGCCAAUGCAGCUCUUCGGAAUGCCAUGAGUAGCACCGACGAGAAUCUUCGAUUAACGUUUGUGAAAAGACAAGAAUAACCACGACUGU